AUGACCAUUCUCCAUCAUAGCAUCGUCUCAACGGCUCAACAAGUCGAGGCUCUCGCCCCGGAUGCUGGGCUGCUACCCAAUGGCAAGUCUGGUUCGGCAGGGCUCGAUAGGAGGGUUUUAGCCAGCUUCCAGGAGAACAGGAAGACAUUCUCGAUGUUGUUGCUCUCUUCUGUCAACGGGUACAUCCCCCGACCUGCUGUCUCACACUGUGUCCCUCCAACCGGCUCACACCGCUACUUCGCCCUCACUACACCAACCCCUCUUUUGACGUCGUCUUCCCCGGUUCGCGAAAAGUCGCGCUCGAUAAACACAUCGGCAACCCCCCCAGGCCAGGAUGAAAAGAGACAUGGCCAAGUCGUUGGCGCCAGGAAGCCAAUGAGAGAGCGCCAGAAAGCCCGUCUUCAACUCUCCUCAUUGCUCCACAGUCAUUGUCUUCUUCGGUGGUACAUCGACUCUUUUGAACGAAGGACGCCCAGCCGUCUUUGGACCGACUCUCCCAAGGCUUCAUGGCUGACAGCUCAAAAGCAUUUCAGACAAUGGAAGCGAUUCGCAACUGAACUCGGUUGUGCCGUCAUUGCACCUCUUGUUGUCCUCGGCAUUCUCCAUGCUUCCCCGCUCCCGCCUCUUCUUUGCUGA